AUGGAUACUGUGUUUAGCAACAGCGAGUUCGGUGGAUCGUGGACAUUGCUCCCGAAACGCACACGCAAAGCAGCUCCAACGACGGCGCUGGCCUCCCCAGAGCUGCAGAGAGCUUUCCGACCCUUCUCUCGAUCCGCUCGCGCGGGUGUCACGAUGCUGCACGCGCAAAUCCCUUCCUCGACCGAAGUUGGACCUUUUCCCGGAAAAGGCAAAGCAGGAGAAGAAGAAGAAGCGCGAAAAACACGCACGGCCCAGGGCGGAAGCGAAAAAGGUUUGGGGAACGGGAAUGACAACAAUGUAACGGCAAUGGGAAGCCAAGAGGAUCUGCUCGACAGCCGAGCCGUUCGAAAGGGUGACAUGACAGGGUCUCGCGAUGUCUCUCUCUCUCUUUUUCGCUUCGGCAAGGCGCUGCAGAGACGCAACAAAUGCACGACCGCCUGCUUGUUGCAUUUGCCGAUUUUUGCUCAUCAGAUCUGA